CAUGCGCGGACGGAGGGGCGGGGCCAUGCAUGCGCAUUCUGAAGCUGGCUCUGUGAGGGGAGGACGGACUCUCCGGCUGGCGGCGGAGGCGAGGGAAGGGAGGCGGCAGGCCAGAGUGGGGGAGGCUCCGGCCUGAAGGCACCCGUCACGGUGGCGGACCCGGGGGAGGAAGCCGGGCCUCGCCCUCCGGCCCCUAUCCCCCCGCCUUCCCCGUUGGCGGCCUCUUCCUCCCCGGCGUCGCCUUCGGGCCUCAUGGAGGGCCUCUCCGUGGAAGUGCGCGGCUCCAACGGGGCUUUCUAUAAGGGUUUCGUUAAAGAUGUCCACGAAGAUUCGGUCACGAUAUCCUUUGAAAACAACUGGCAGCCCGAGAGGCAGAUCCCCUUUGGAGAUGUCCGGCUCCCUCCCCCUGCGGACUACAGCAAGGAGAUCUCGGAAGGGGAUGAGGUGGAGGUUUAUUCCCGCGCCAACGAACAGGAGCCCUGCGGCUGGUGGCUGGCCAGGGUCCGGAUGAUGAAAGGAGAUUUCUACGUCAUCGAAUAUGCCGCUUGCGACGCCGUCUACAACGAAAUCGUCACGCUGGAGCGGCUGCGACCCGUCAACCCCUGCAAAGUGGCCACCAAGUGCAGCUUCUUCAAAGUCACCAUCGCUGUGCCGGAAGACCUCAAAGAGGCCUGCUCAAAUGAAAAUGUGCACAAAGAAUUCAAGAAAGCCGUGGGCGCCAACUGCAUCUUCCUCAGCCCCACCAACAGCGAGCUCAUCAUCCUGUCCACAAACGAAUCCACGGUCAAGAGGGCGUCUCUCUUGGGAGACAUGCACCUGCGCAGCAUCCGGACCAAGCUGAUGCUGAUGUCCCGGAACGAGGAAGCCAACAAGCACUUGGAGACAAGUAAGCAGCUGGCGUCGGCCUUCCAGGAGGAGUUCACGGUGCGCGAGGACUUGAUGGGACUGGCCAUCGGCACCCACGGGGCCAACAUCCAGCAGGCCCGCAAAGUCCUCGGCGUCACCGCCAUCGAGUUGGACGAGGAGACCUGCACCUUCCGCAUCUAUGGAGAGACCCCAGAAGCCUGCAAACAGGCCAGGAGUUUCUUGGAAUUCUCUGAAGACUCGGUCCAAGUCCCCCGGAACCUGGUCGGGAAGGUGAUCGGCAAGAAUGGGAAGGUCAUCCAGGAGAUUGUGGACAAGUCCGGGGUGGUCCGAGUGCGAGUGGAAGGCGACAACGACAAGAAGAACCCCCGGGAAGAGGGGAUGGUCCCCUUCAUCUUUGUGGGAACGCGAGAGAAUAUCAGCAACGCGCAGGCCCUGCUGGAGUACCACCUAUCCUACCUUCAGGAAGUGGAGCAGCUGCGCCUGGAGCGGCUGCAGAUUGAUGAGCAGCUGCGCCAGAUUGGGCUGGGCUUCCGGCCGCUCUCCAACCGCUCCGACAAGGAGCGCGGCAGUGGUUACACCACCGACGAGAGCACCUCCUCCUCUUUGCACGGCACCCGGACGUAUGGAGGCAGCUACGGAGGGCGCGGACGGGGGCGCAGGCCCCCCAACUCAGGCUACGCCACCAACUCUGACAUGUCCAAUGCUUCCGAGACCGAGUCGGAGAAGAGGGAGGAGUAUGAGACCCCGCUGCCCAGCGACCGCGACUCGCGCCUGGAAGACAACCGCAGGCGGCCGGGAGUGGGGCGCGGCCGGGGGCCCCCUCCAGCCCCUCGAGGGAACAGCAGCAGCAAGUACAACUCCUCCUCAAUCAGUUCAGUCUUGAAGGACCCCGACAGCAACCCCUACAGCCUGCUGGACAACACCGAGACGGACCAGACUGCCGACACGGACGCCAGCGAAUCGCAGCCGGUCAGUAACCGCCGACGCCGAUCCCGCCGACGCCGUACGGAUGAGGAUGCUACCAUGAUGGACGGGGCCCUGGAUUCUGACAGCGUGUCUGUCAGUGAGAACGGAUUGGAGGAGGAGUCCAAGCCCCAGAGACGCAACCGGAGCAGGCGCCGGCGUAACCGUGGCAACCGCGUGGACGGCUCCAUCAGUCGGGACCGGCAGCCAGUCACAGUCGCAGACUUCAUCUCCCGGGCCGAGUCCCAGAGCCGGCAGGCGCCUCAGCGCAGAGAGAGCCAGGAGAAGCAGCCCUCCGAGGAGAACACGCCGAAGCAGAAGGGCGAGGCCCUCGGCAAGGUCCCCAACGGCCCUUCAUCGGAGAAUGGGGAGCCCUCCUCGGCAGGCGGCAGCAGCGAGGAGACAAUGGCGGCCCUGGUGAACGGGGUGUCCUAGGCGCCACCCGGAGCCAUUGCUGCUUUUGCAGCCAUGCCCUCCUCCUCCUCCUCCUCUUCCUUCUCCUCCUCCUCCUCCUCUUCAGCAGAAUCCGAUCCUUACUCUCCGCCUGCUUGCAACAUCUUAAGAGGGGAAAACAAACAAACGGAAAUAAAACAUCACACCAGUCUCUCGUUUCAAGAACAAAAAACCCAUUACUUAAAAACCAACCAACCCACCCACCAACUGCAAACCGACCUGGAUCCCGAGGUAACUUUGAUCCUAAAGAAACGCUUGCCAAAGACGGGGGAGAAAGAACCCUUUGCGUGACCGACCACCGCGCGUCACACUUCCCGGUGCGCAUCAGAGAGAGGUGAGGGAGGAGGAGGAGCCCACCCUGGGCUUCCCGCGCAUCCAUCCCUUGGGGGACUUCGUCAGGAUGAGUUCUUCUUCUGGUUUAUUUUUAUUUUUUGGUUGUUUUGUUUUGAAAGACACUUUUGGAGGGGAGGGGGAGACAAACAAAAAAAAAAACACCCAGGGGACGGAGAGGGAGAGAAACCUGUGCCUUCUGAUCAUUCAGACACACACACACACAUGAACACACAGAGACACGCACACAGACACGACACACCCGAGGCCCCGCAGCGCAGAGAGGUCUCGUUCUUUUCCUUUGUAUCCUCGGACGAGUUGAAGGCAAUGGCCGGAGAGAGAGAAUGAGAGAGAGAGAGCGAGGCGGGAGGGCGGCCCCUUCCAAGGGAUCGGUGGCGGGCUUGUUUUCGGACCCCUUCUUCCCCUCGAAAUGGCCGCAUGGUGCUCAGAGGCAGCGUGGUUCUGCCUGGGAAAGGGAAGGCCUGUCCCAAGCGCCCCCCCCUUUUUUUCUUUUCCUUUCCUUCUCCUUUUAUGGAAACACUGUGGAAGACGGGAGUUAGAGAAGCAAAACGAGAGAAACGACAGGCUGAAGAUGGCGCUGAGGCCGCCUCCUCCUCGCUCCUUCCGAAGCGGCCGCCUCGCGUCUCGCGUGUUUUUUUUCUGCGUGGAGGGGGAUAGCGGGGUUUGAUCUGUGACGGUUGAGACUAUUUAUUUUUCACUGUACAGUAUUUAAAAAGAGAAUUAAAAAAAACCCAACUCUUGAAAAAAAAAUCCAAAAA